AUGUGUUUUCCUGUGUUCCAGAGCCUAGCCCAGCUAGAGAACCUGUGCAAGCAGCUGUAUGAGACCACAGACACUGCGACACGGCUGCAGGCAGAGAAAGCCCUGGUUGAGUUCACCAACAGCCCCGACUGCCUGAGCAAGUGCCAGCUGCUUCUAGAAAGAGGGAGUUCAUCCUACUCCCAGCUGCUGGCAGCUACCUGCCUUACCAAGCUCGUGUCACGCACAAACAACCCGUUACCGCUGGAACAGCGAAUAGAUAUCCGGAACUAUGUGCUCAACUACCUUGCCACGAGGCCAAAGCUGGCAACAUUUGUCACGCAAGCACUAAUCCAGUUGUAUGCCAGGAUCACAAAGUUGGGCUGGUUUGACUGUCAGAAGGAUGAAUAUGUCUUCAGGAACGUGAUCACAGAUGUCACAAGGUUUUUACAGGAUAGUGUAGAGCACUGCAUCAUAGGAGUGACAAUCCUGUCCCAACUAACUAAUGAAAUUAAUCAAGCGGAUACUACUCAUCCACUGACCAAGCACAGGAAAAUAGCCUCUUCCUUCCGUGAUUCGUCUUUAUUUGAUAUUUUCACACUGUCAUGCAAUUUACUGAAACAGGCUUCUGGGAAGAACCUGAACCUGAAUGAUGAGAGCCAGCACGGGCUGCUCAUGCAGCUGCUUAAGCUCACACACAACUGCCUGAACUUUGAUUUCAUUGGCACAUCAACAGACGAGUCCUCAGAUGAUCUUUGUACUGUGCAGAUCCCAACCAGUUGGAGAUCAGCAUUCUUGGAUUCUUCAACCCUUCAGUUGUUUUUUGAUCUUUAUCAUUCCAUCCCUCCUUCGUUUUCUCCUCUGGUUUUAUCCUGCCUGGUGCAGAUAGCCUCUGUGCGCAGAUCCCUCUUCAACAAUGCAGAGAGAGCAAAGUUCUUAUCUCAUCUCGUGGAUGGAGUGAAACGAAUACUGGAAAACCCCCAGAGUUUGUCAGACCCAAACAACUACCAUGAGUUCUGCCGGUUGCUGGCCCGGUUGAAAAGCAACUACCAGCUGGGAGAGCUGGUGAAGGUGGAGAACUACCCCGAGGUCAUCCGGCUCAUUGCCAACUUCACCGUGACCAGCCUGCAGCACUGGGAGUUUGCCCCGAACAGCGUUCACUAUCUGCUGAGCCUGUGGCAGCGCCUGGCUGCGUCAGUGCCCUACGUUAAAGCCACAGAGCCUCACAUGCUGGAAACAUAUACCCCAGAAGUCACAAAAGCUUACAUCACAUCCAGGCUGGAGUCUGUGCACAUCAUCCUGAGGGAUGGUUUGGAGGAUCCGCUGGAUGACACUGGCCUUGUACAACAGCAGCUAGAUCAACUGUCCACCAUCGGCCGGUGCGAGUACGAGAAGACCUGUGCUCUGCUCGUGCAGCUCUUUGACCAGUCAGCCCAGUCCUACCAGGAGCUGCUGCAGAGUGCCACCGCCAGCCCCAUGGACGUUGCUGUUCAAGAAGGACGCCUGACGUGGCUCGUCUAUAUCAUCGGGGCAGUGAUCGGUGGCAGGGUCUCCUUUGCCAGCACGGAUGAGCAGGAUGCGAUGGAUGGCGAGUUGGUCUGUCGGGUGCUGCAGCUGAUGAACCUGACGGACUCUCGCCUGGCGCAGGCAGGGAAUGAGAAGCUGGAGCUUGCCAUGCUGAGCUUCUUCGAGCAGUUCCGCAAGAUCUACAUUGGAGAUCAGGUGCAGAAGUCUUCCAAGCUCUACCGCCGCCUCUCAGAGGUCCUGGGGCUGAAUGAUGAGACCAUGGUCCUGAGCGUCUUCAUAGGAAAAAUCAUCACCAACCUGAAGUACUGGGGUCGCUGCGAGCCUAUCACCUCCAAGACGCUGCAGCUGCUCAAUGACCUCUCCAUUGGAUACAGCAGUGUUAGAAAGCUGGUGAAGCUGAGCGCCGUACAGUUCAUGCUGAACAAUCACACGAGUGAGCACUUUUCCUUCCUGGGCAUUAACAAUCAGUCCAACCUGACUGACAUGAGGUGUCGGACUACGUUCUACACUGCACUUGGGCGUCUUCUCAUGGUGGAUUUAGGGGAAGAUGAAGAUCAGUAUGAGCAGUUCAUGCUUCCCCUCACAGCUGCCUUUGAGACUGUGGCACAGAUGUUCAGCACAAAUACUUUCAAUGAACAAGAGGCAAAAAGAACUUUGGUUGGCUUGGUGAGAGACUUGAGGGGAAUAGCCUUUGCCUUCAAUGCCAAGACCAGCUUCAUGAUGCUGUUUGAGUGGAUUUACCCAUCCUACAUGCCAAUCCUGCAGCGGGCCAUUGAGCUCUGGUACCAUGACCCUGCCUGCACUACACCCGUCCUCAAACUGAUGGCUGAGCUGGUACAUAAUAGAUCCCAACGGCUGCAGUUUGAUGUGUCCUCACCCAAUGGCAUCCUGCUGUUCCGAGAAACAAGUAAAAUGAUAACUACAUAUGGAAAUCGUAUCCUAACGCUUGGGGAGGUCCCAAAGGAUCAAGUCUAUGCCUUGAAGCUCAAGGGGAUUUCCAUCUGCUUCUCUAUGCUGAAGGCUGCACUGAGCGGGAGCUACGUCAACUUUGGGGUCUUCCGGCUGUACGGGGAUGAUGCACUGGACAAUGCCUUGCAAACCUUUAUCAAGCUUCUGCUUUCCAUCCCUCACAGUGACCUCCUGGAUUAUCCCAAGCUCAGCCAGUCAUACUAUUCCUUGCUGGAAGUUCUUACCCAGGACCACAUGAACUUUAUAGCCAGUCUGGAGCCCCAUGUAAUCAUGUACAUUCUCUCUUCCAUUUCAGAAGGUCUCACUGCACUAGACACCAUGGUUUGCACAGGCUGCUGCUCCUGUUUGGACCACAUUGUCACCUAUCUCUUCAAGCAACUCUCUCGCAGCACCAAGAAGAGGAGCACUCCUCUGACCCAGGAGAGCGACCGCUUCCUGCACAUCAUGCAGCAGCACCCGGAGAUGAUUCAGCAGAUGCUGUCAACAGUGCUGAACAUCAUUAUCUUUGAGGACUGCAGGAACCAGUGGUCAAUGUCACGGCCUCUGCUUGGCUUGAUACUGCUCAAUGAGAAGUAUUUCUCCGACUUGAGGAACAGCAUAGUGAACAGCCAGCCCCCGGAGAAGCAGCAGGCGAUGCACCUCUGCUUUGAGAACCUCAUGGAGGGCAUCGAACGCAACCUCCUGACCAAGAACAGGGACAGGUUCACACAAAACCUGUCGGCAUUCAGGCGGGAGGUGAACGACUCCAUGAAGAACUCCACCUACGGCGUCAACAGCAACGACAUGAUGAGCUGACGUCUCCUAGGCCCACCUGUACAGAGCAGCAUCUCUUUGGCCUGGCCCAGAGGGGUAACCAUUUCCGAUGGAAAGAAAAGAGGGUGUUUCUAAAUCCCUGCUCUUCCCCCAGGGCUGGAUUGCGGCCCACCCGUACUCCACAUCCCACGGGAGGAGGGAACAGGAGGGGUUGUUGAGCUCACCAGGGCAGGGUGCUUCUGUUUCCAUGGGAAGGGGGUGGAAGGGCAUAAAGCCAAGUGCAAGAAUCCAACGUCUCCCUACCCGAAUGUCUGCGUGGAACGCCAGCGCUCUGCUGCAGUCUGCCUUGUAUAAAACAUGUACAUUUUUUCAUAACAUUUUGAACAAGGUUUAUAUUGACUCAGUUUAA